AUGGCGGCUUUGCCCGACGAUAUACUGACCGAGGUCUUCUCCUACCUGCCGGCCAAGUCGGUCCGCUUCUUUCGGAGCCUGUCGCGUUCGUGGCGCGCCACCCUCUCGUCCGCGUCCUUCCUCCAUCUCCAUCGCCGGCGAGCCAACAGGCCGGGCCAGCUCAAGGUCUUCUUCAGCCCUUCCGACAAGAUGUUGCACGAAGAUGGACCGUCAUCAUACUUCUACGCCUCGCAACCCGGUGGCGCACCUGCGGCCAAGCUCACGCCCCACAGGUUCCGCUGGCCGGCUCCGCUCACCAGGCCCCUCCAUGGCCUCGUCCUUGUCCGCUGCGACAUCACCGGCUACCACGUCUGCAACCCUUCUACGGGGGAAGCCGUGGCUCUCCCCGACACCGCACUGCCGUUGAAGAUGGCUAAAUAUGUACCAUUCUACGUCGAGAACAUCGCAUACGGCCUUGGUUACUGCUCGGUGACCGACAAGUACAAGGUAGUACGCAUAUUCAGCGGCCCUCGCGCCCCGACCCGCUGCGAGGUCGUUGUCCUUGGCGGUCGGCCGUACUGGAGGAGUAUUGGUGAAUGGUGGACUGUUGGCCACUCUCCUCCCACGUGCACCGUGGAUGAGAAGAACCCGGGCGUAUUCCUUGACGGGCGUCUGCACUUCCUUUGCCAUGGUUGUCGCAUUGUCUCUUUCAAUGUUAGCAGCGAGACCUUUGGCGCGCUCGAGCCACCACCAAAUCCGUGGGUGCAUGUGCAUGCUUCGGCCAGAAUGACCGAACUAGAUGGGUGCCUAUGCGUCUCCUACGUAAAUAUCCGUCAAGGCCUAUACCAUAUAUGGGUGCUAAGGGAUUACGCGAAACCACAUCGGCGGUGGGAGCAGCUUUGUCGCAUCGAUCUGACGUCUUGGACAAAAUCUUACCGGAUGCAGUUGUGCUCCCCCUGGAUGGCUCCACUUGGCAUGUACAAUGGAGAGAAUGGACAGACGAGGAUCAUGUUGGCUGCGGGUGCUAGCCAGGUGUUUGCUGUAAAUGUACCUGACGGUGAUGCACUAGAGAUCCUAUUCUGCCCGGUCGAGGACGAGGCAAUUGCUGGCAGCUUUGAUGGCCACGGUGAGCCUAGGUUGGGGCUACUCGAGGAGAGCCUCACGACUCCUUUUCCUUUUGAAUGA